GCAACAUGUCGACGAGUGCAAAUGCACGGCUCUGGUCGAGCCUCGCCGAGGGCGACGAGGAAGGGGUGGUCCAGGCCCUAGAGGAAGGCGCUGACGUGAACCAGGUGAGCCGCGGCGGAGGUCGGCCCAUUCACUCCGCUGCUCUUCGGAAUUCGGGCGGUCUCGUGAGGAUCCUUUUGAAUCACGGCGCCCUCUGCGAUGCUUCCGACGACGAAGGCUUCACGCCUCUGAUGGUGGCGUCCCUGAAUGGGCAUAGUGAGGUGGUACAGGAGUUGCUGAAGGCCGGUGCGGACCCGAAAAUACGUCGGCCUGAUGACUUCGGGGGGGACACAGCCCUCCACAUGGUGACCAACACAGACGAAGACGAGGUGUUGAGAGCCCUGCUGGAGGCGGGGGCUGAUCCUAACGCCAGGGCCAGCGGCAUGAAUGACAUGACGCCUCUGCACUUCGCUGCGGAGGUCGGAAGAGAGAAGUUGGCUGAGCUGCUCGCGAACCACCCGAGCUGCGAAGUCGAUCUGAAAGACGCCCGUGGCCUCACGCCCGCCCGCCUGGCUAAGGAAGGCUGCCCGAGCCUCUCCCUCUACCUGGAUUUGUGCUGCGGAGCCAAGUCUCGCAUGGACAAGCUUCUCAUCAUCGCAGUCAAGAGGAAUGAUGCGGCGGAAGUGAGGGCAGCGCUGGACGAGGGAGCGGACCUGAGCUUACAGGGUCCAGAGGAUGGCGGGACCUUGCUACAUCUGGCGUCCCAGGGUUCCUCAGGACAAGUUCUCCAGAUGCUUCUUUGUCGAGGCGCCUCGGUGGACGCAAGGACCAGUCAGGGAUUCACACCGCUCAUGACAGCGGCUGAGAGGGGCGCGACGGACGCCUUACUGCACCUUUUGGCACAUCGGGCCAAUCCAAAGCUGUUCACUCCUGACGGGACGACGGCGCUGCACUUGGCCGUGCAAAGUCAGGACUCUUCCGCAGUGACUGCUCUCCUCGACGCCGGCGUAGACGUCAACGCCACCAAGGUCGACGGGUCCACGCCGCUGCACAUCGCCGCUGCGUCGGGGGCCCUCGGGCUAGCUCGUCUCUUGUUGGGUGACUGCCUGUGCCUCGUUGGUAUCGGGGUGGCUCAAGUGGCGAAGGAGGCCGGUCACCUGGAAUUCGCCAAGUUCAUCGAGCAAAAGAUCAGAAUUAGCGAUCUCCCCCAAGAGGACUUCCGCGUAGUGGUCGGCCAGCCCGUGCCUCCCAGUCCGGGCGUGUACCGGAACCUCUCCGAACCGUAUCGAGGCCGAGUCCUCAUCAUCAACUACCGGGAAUUCAGUGAGGAGGCACCCACUCGCAACGGCUCUGAGAAAGAUGUGGAAAAUCUCUGCAAAGUGUUUAGGAGUAUGGGCUACCAAGUGGAAGAUCACCAGGACCUGGAUCUGGAAGCGACUAAAGAGGUGCUGAAUAACUUCAGGAGUAACGAGAAUCUAGCUGAAGUUGACUCCAUGUUCGUGUGCAUGUUGAGUCAUGGCAUCAACCGGGAUAUAUUCUAUACAUCUGAUAUGAGAAAGAUGGACGUCUCUGCGGUACGGAAUAUAUUCACAGAUCAGGCUUGUCCUCUCAUGAAGGGAAAACCCAAGGUUUUCCUUUUCAACUUCUGCCGCGGAAACACUUUUGAAAGCUUCUCCGGACAAAGUUUAGGCGACGAUCUACCUUGGACGUCACAGAACGCGGUCGGCCGCGACGAGAUACCUCCCGCACAGGACGAAGCCCCGCGUGACAUGCUAACCGUCUACGCGUCGACGGAAGGCUUCAAGGCUUUUAGGACGAACGAAGGAACUUUUUUCGUGCGGUCCCUGUGCCAAACUCUAGCCGCCCACGCCCACAACACGGACAUGGUCAGCAUGGUUCAGAAGUUGGACCGGCUGAUGGCAACAAGACGACACACUACAACGCCGGAGGCACAGAGCUUUGCCUUCAAGAAGUUUUUCCUGAAUCCACUGAAGCCUUCCGACGCAUAUAUUUCUUGCAAAAUACGUUAUUCCAUCUGCACACCAGUAAGCAGCAUGUCGACGAGUGCAAAAGCACGGCUCUGGUCGAGCCUGGCCGAAGGCGACGAGAAAGGGGUGGUCCAGGCCCUUGAGGAAUGCGCUGACGUGAACCAGGUGAGCCGCGGCGGAGGUCGGCCCAUUCACUCCGCUGCUCUUCGGAAUUCGGGCGGUCUCGUGAGGAUCCUUUUGAAUCACGGCGCCCUCUGCGAUGCUUCCGACGACGAAGGCUUCACGCCCCUGAUGGUGGCGUCCCUGAAUGGACAUAGUGAGGUGGUACAGGAGCUGCUGAAGGCCGGUGCGGACCCGAAAAUACAUCGGCCUGAUGACUUCGGGGGGGACACAGCCCUCCACAUGGUGACCAACACAGACGAAGACGAGGUGUUGAGAGCCCUGCUGGAGGCGGGGGCUGAUCCUAACGCCAGGGCCAGCGGCAUGAACGACAUGACGCCUCUGCACUUCGCUGCGGAGGUCGGAAGAGAGAAGAUGGCUGAGCUGCUCGCGAACCACCCGAGCUGCGAAGUCGAUGUGAAGGACGCCCGUGGCUUCACGCCCGCCCGCCUGGCUAAGGAAAGCUGCCCGAGCCUCUCUCUCUACCUGGAUUUGUGCUGCGGAGCCAAGUCUCGCAUGGACAAGCUUCUCAUCGUCGCAGUCAGGAGGAAUGAUGCGGCGGAAGUGAGGGCAGCGCUGGACGAGGGAGCGGACCUGAGCUUACAGGGUCCAGAGGAUGGCGGGACCUUGCUCCACCUGGCGUCCCAGGGUUCCUCAGGACAAGUUCUCCAGAUACUUCUUUGUCGAGGCGCCUCGGUGGACGCAAGGACCAGUCAGGGAUUCACACCACUCAUGAUAGCGGCUGAAAGGGGUGCGACGGACGCCUUAGAGCAACUUUUGGCACAUCGGGCCAAUCCAAAGCUGUCCAAUCCUGACGGGACGACAGCACUGCACUUGGCCGUGCAAAGUCAGGACUCUUCCGCAGUGACUGCUCUCCUCAACGCCGGCGUAGACGUCAACGCCACUAAGGUCAACGGGUCCACGCCGCUGCACAUCGCCGCUGCGUCAGGAGCCCUCGGGCUGGCUCGUCUCUUGUUGGAUGACUACCUGUGGGAUGGUACCAAGGGUGACUCGGCUGCCCAUGUGGCGAGGGAGGCCGGCCACCUGGAAUUCGCCAAGUUCAUCGAGCAAAUGAUCGGCAUUUGCGAUGAGAGUGACGACGAAAGUGCUCAGCUCCCCGAAGAGGACUUCCGCGUAGUGGUGGGCCAGCCCGUGCCUCCCAGUCCGGGCGUGUACCGGAACCUCUCCGAACCGUAUCGAGGCCGAGUCCUCAUCAUUAACUACCGGAAAUUCAGUUUGAGGACAGCCACUCGCUAUGACUCUGAGAGAGAUGUAGCAAAUCUCAGCAUUAUAUUUAGAAAUAUGGGCUACCAAGUGGAAGAUCACCAGGACCUGGAUCUGGAAGCGACUAAAGAGGUGCUGAAUAACUUCAGGAGUAACGAGAAUCUAGCUGAAGUUGACUCCAUGUUCGUGUGCAUGUUGAGUCAUGGCAUCGACCGGGAUACAUUCUACACAUCUGAUAUGAGAAAGAUGGACGUCUUUGCGGUUCGGAAUAUGUUCAAAGAUCAGGCUUGUCCUCUCAUGAAGGGAAAACCCAAGGUUUUCCUUUUCAACUUUUGUCGCGGAAAAACUCUCGAAAGCUUCUCUGGACAUAGUAUAGGCGACGAUAUACCUUGGACGUCACAGAACGCGGUCGGCCGCGACAAGGUAUCUCCCACAAAGGACGAAGCCCCGCGUGACAUGCUAACCGUCUACGCGUCGACGGAAGGCUUCAAGGCUUUUAGGACGAACGAAGGAACUUUGUUCGUGCGGUCCCUGUGUCAAACUCUAGCCGCCCACGCCCACAACACGGACAUGGUCAGCAUGGUUCAGAAGCUGGACCAACUCAUGACAGCAAGACGACACGCUACAACGCCGGAGGCACAGAGCUUCGGCUUCAAGAAGUUUUUCCUGAAUCCAUUGGAGCCGUCCGACGCUUGAUACUGUUCUGAGUCUCCAACGAUGACUGCGCUUCCUUGCAUGCUGGCGGGUGGGCGUGAGUGCCGGCUUUCGUAAUCAGGACCGCUGUCGGCUUUUUGGAAUGUUGUGUCCUACCCGUCUUUUUCAUUACAAUUAUGCACACCUAUACUUAUGUAUAGGUGUGUAUAUACGUGUGUACAUGUUUGUUUGUUUGCUUGUGUGUGUGUUCAUUUGCUAGUUAUCGAUUUAUGUGUCCCUUAUGUAUCCAUCGCUAUUUUGAUUACUAAAAGACAAUGGUAAAAUGAUAAAGUUAUAGCUAACGCUAUACCGGCAAUUAAUAUGCUUUGAGUAGAUUUUCAUUUUAAUUGAACUCAUCGUUCACUCUCUUUUGUGUGCUUAAAAAUGAUCCUGGACUUUUAAAGAAUGGGUCGAUAUCGACAGCCAAUUUCGCCGCGUAAAUUACUUGCGCCCUUCAGCUUUCUUUUUAUUCCUCCUUCAAGUUCUGUUUAGUUUGAAUUACGUUUUUGCCUCAAGGAAGAGAUAGAACAGAAUAGAGGGAACUUGAACAUAUAAAUAACAAUUAUAAGACUCAAAUGUUCUGCUAAACGACUGUUGCCGUAACAGAAAGAGAGAAAAAGUCCUUUCUCGCUCUCCCCCACUUAUAACUAAUAAAUGUAAUCAUCUCAGUCAUUUAAAAAUGACUGAGAUGAUUACAUGGCUUAUAUAGACGCGAAUUAAAGUUCCACCCAUGCCCAAUCCAACCAUUUUGAGCAUUAAUUUUUAUUUACUGCAAGCUAAUAGCUAUAUUCCAUUGAACAUACCGUGAUUUGGUCUCAAAUUUGGGGAUUUUCUCUCUGGAUGCGAACUUUACUCAAAUGAAUCCAUUUCCUGUCUCUUCUCCACAAACAGAUGGUAAUGUUUCUGUAACCAAUUUGAUUAGUUUUUCAACUGCUUGAAUAUGGCAAGGGAGUCCUUCAAAAUUGAGCUUACACUAUUUUUUGAUGUGCCUAUCAGUGAACUCCAAAGGAGGUUCUGCCACAUCAGUAAGUAGAGUUUGUAGAAACUUUGAUCGAUUCUUAUAUUAGAUUUUGCAUUACAACCUUUCUUGAUUUCGGAAAUCGGCUGAUUAAAGAGAGGAAAUUAUUUGGCGAUGCUGCUUCCUCCAUUGGCUCUUCCUUACUGCAAUCUAUCUCCGAGGCAACUACUUUAGAAAACUUCGGGGACGUCUUAUUUUCAUACAUGUACUAUGAUGCACCAAGAAGGAAUGCUAUUGUUUUGUAUUUGUCUCACUGAUAUAUGUUAUAUUGUUAA